CAACACAGUGGAACAUGGCGAAGGGAGGGUUGUUUGAAGUUUGUUUGGUGUUGGCACUUCUACCGAUAGUUAACCCGUUCUUCAUCAUUAACGAAAAGCGAGGAAUCAACGGGGGUUUUACGUGUGCUACCUGUACAGUGGCCUUGGGACUGGUGGAGCAGUUAGCAGGAAUACACAAUGAGACGGUAGCCAUGUCUCUGGAGAGACUCUGUACAUACAUGCCCCUGCAGUACCAAGUAUAUUGUAAACUGGGGAUACAGUACUUUGGUCCUAUUAUCAUUGAACUUUUUGAGAACAACGAGACACCAGAUGUUAUCUGUCACAGUUUAAAACUUUGCUACACAGAAAAAGGAAGCGACACGUGUCAUCUGUUUCCAGAGCCAAAGCAUGGCCUGCACAAAGGUAUAAAGAGAGGACAGGAAAGAAUGAAAAGACAUCUCAUACAGACGUUUGAAAAAGAUUUGGCAAACAUCUUGCUGAGGAAGUUUGAUAUUUGUUCUCUUCCUGGUUUGAAAUAUCUCUGUGACUACUUAGAGAGGAUAUUUGAUGAACAUCAACCUGGGGAAGAUCUGGAUGGGGAUGGAUUUAGUAUCAUUUCUACUCUGCGUGGCUCAUCUUGGCGAGGCAAAGACUGUCACGACCUGGUGGCAGACUAUCAUCCAGGAGCAAGGCCAGUAGACUCUGACAGAAAGCGAGAUAGCAACUGCAAUGGAAUAUAUGGUGUGGACCCAGAGUCAGGACAGCCGUAUGAAGACAAGUUCUGCAGUGAGACUGGCAGUAUAGGUGUGGUUACACUGGGAGACUCAGUGGGUGCACACUUCCAUGCCCCACCGCAGUGGUUUACACCCUCAGAGAUUACCAAGGACACAUUUGCCAACUUGAGCUUUGUGAUAGAAAAUGAGGGGGACUGGCCUCAGCUGUCUGCUUCCACUGGGUACAAGAACAUCAGCUGGCCUAUCAUAUCUGGUCCCACACGGUCUGUAUAUCACCGUCUUAAAUUACGCAACAGGUGCAAUCACAGGGACUACAAUAACCUGGCCGUCAAUGGUGCUAAUUCAUUUGAUCUUCAAAAAUAUCAAAAAAGAUUCAAGCGUCAUAUACAGAGAGAUCAACCUGCACUUGUAAUAUUAGAAUUGGUAGGGAACGACGUUUGCAACCAUUAUCCAGACACAUUAAAGCACAUGACAACAACUGAAGAUAUGCAAAAAAACAUUAACGGCACACUGCACUAUCUCGCUUCUCAGCUUCCAAAAGGCAGCCACCUCCUGAUGAUAGGAAUGGCUGACGGCAGGUUUUUGUACAAAUAUCUCCACGAGCGUUACCACCCUAUAGGACAGUACAAAAAGGAUGUCACGUAUCCAGAUCUCUAUAAGUGGUUCUCAUGUUUACAGGUGACACCAUGUCAGGGCUGGUUGAGCACCAACUCCACAUUAAGAGAUCUGACAUCUCAGAGAUCCAAGGAGCUGAGUCAGGUGAUGAAGGAUAUGGCUAAGCAAUACAACCACACUUACCCCAACUUUGAUAUUGGUUAUAUAGACUGUCCCAUUGGCCAGUUGUUUGUUGAAUGGGAGAAAACACAUGGUCCUGGCACUGGCUGGCAGCUGAUUGAACCAGUAGAUGGCUUCCACCCAAACCAGAUGGCAAAUGCCAUGUUCUCAGACAUCGUGUGGGACUACCUGGAGAGGAACCUCCCUGGAUUCCUAGGAAAGGAAAAUCCACAUAAUGAGGAGAUACUCAAAAUAUUCAAAGACCAAGGAGGGUACUAAGCUGUCUCAAUAUAUUAUAUUAAAUUAUUGGAAAGAAAAAUUUAGUCUCAAAUUUCUAGAUUUAUUUUACUGAAGUUUUCAAAGAUUACUAGAAGGGGGAAGGGGGGUUAUGCCAAGGGCUAGUCAGAUAUUGAAAGUCACUCAUCUGCUGUGCUAUUAUUAGUUACUUCUGGACAAUACUGUUUGUAAGAAAAAGUCAGGUUGAUCAUGAUAUUUAACAGGGGAAGAUGUUCAUAAUGAGGAAGUGCAGUAAUCAAAUGUGACUUCCUUAUUUACUUUGUUAUUUUUUGCUCAGGGUUUUUUCUAAAUGCAAUAACAUCUUCAUUGAGAAUUACAGUAAAUGGACUGAAGCUUUAUUUUUGUGUACUCAGCAUGUUUGGAAAUGGUUCCCACAUUUUGUGUGCUCUUAUUUAGCUUUUGUGAAAUUUAUCACAGUAUUCAUGCUGACAGUGACAAAUGGUGUCAAAUAUGCAACAUUGUCUAUAAUUUAUAAUAUUUAUUAUAUAUAUUAAGCAGGGCUUGUUAUGCUUUUGUCACGCUGAUGACUUCAUUUCCCAUAUUUUUGCACAAUUAUGUCUCGUUCAUUGUUCCAUAAACUAGUCGCUGAUUAAUUUAUUAUAUACCCAAGACAAUGUAAUUGAAGUAAUAUUUGGUAAUAAGAUUUAUAGAAUAUUAUCAAGAUGUUAUAAUAUCUCAUUCAUUGUUGUAUAAACUAGUCGCUGAUUAAUUUGUUAUAUACCCAAGACAAUGUAAUUGGAGUAAUAUUUGGUAGUAAAGUUUUAUAGAAUAUUAUCAAGUUAUUUAUGUAUUGUUAAUCCUAUUUUCUGGUCACUUUACAAAAUGUGAGUUUUGAAUGAAACUUCAAGAACAGCUGUCUCCAUCUUUAGACAUAUUUUUCUGUAGAAAUAAUUAUUUUUUCUGUUUCCCAGUUUGAACAUUUCUUAAUGAUUGCAGUGUCAAUUUUUCUUUUCACCUAAUGACAGUGAAGAAACUGUUCUUCAAGACACUACUACACAGGUGAUGUUUGUGAACACAUUCUCUACUAUUUAUUUUGGAGUCAGAGUGCUGAUUUGGAAUGACAUUUAUUCAUCGUGUUAUUACCUAGAACAAAAUUAGUCAGCUUAUGGAUAAAGAAAAUCCUUUUUUGUUGUUUUUUACUUAAAGGAUAAACUUUUUUCUAUAGCCAUGGGUAACUUUUCCUGAGCUUCAUUUCUGAUGUUUACCAGCGUCUUCAUUGUCAAUUCUCCACGUAUACAAAUUAUCUGAUAAGCAAGCAUAUCAGAAAAUUUUAAUGUAUGAGGAAGCUGGCACACAGCUUUUGAAGCUUGAGCUACAGCUUGUAUGUAGGGCAGAGAAUUUGUCUCCCUUUGAAAGAUUUCUCCAGUUAUGAGACAGUUCAGAAAUGUAGACAUUUAUAUAGGGGUUAUUGUGUUUGUCUCUAUUAUAAGCAAUAAUGUAAUUUAAUCAUUGUGGAAAGCUCUCCUUUCUGAGGUGCCUAAACCAUGCAGAUAUCCCACAAGUAUAUUCAGUCAUUUUGAUCAUGUAUAGGUAGAUUUCACAAAAUGCCUAGAGACCCUAAGUUGCUGUCAACUGGUCAAAAUUUUAGUGGGCUUUGAUCCAGUAGUCUCCCGCCUGCAGGUUGUAUUGUGCCAGUUUUUAACAAAAAGUCACUUUAUUCAAGUGGACUACUGACUAUUUACCUGGAAUCAAAAUAGACCAAAUUAUUUAUUCAAGUUAAGACCAACUUUCGGUCUCAAGUUCUCCUGUGUGACUUGUCCCAGUUGACAAUUAUGGUGACUUGACUAUGAUAUUUACUGAAGCAAAGGAAAUCUAUCAACGGGUAAUAUGGCCAAAGAAAAUUAGCCUUCUGUUGUAAGAAAGAAGUAUAUUUGUAAUAAAAGAAAC